AUGGAAUCCUUUACAGAAUUGAAAAUUUUUAGAAAAGGAAUGCUAUAUGGUAGAAUACCUGGACUUAAAAUUAAAAAAGCUAAACCAAUAACAUAUGAUGAUUAUGUUACGCUUGAAAGUAAUGUUAAGACAUAUCGUAUGAAUGAAUUAAUGCAAUUAGGAAGAAAUUUAAAAUAUAAUAAACCUAUUGGUCAAUUUUUGGUUGAUAAAUUUCAGUUUUUCACUGUUCA